CCGUCGGACCUGUUUGAGGAAGGGAGGGGCGCCUGUCCCAGCCUGCUUCCCACGCGGCGAGGUGCAGCAGGGAGGGAGCCCCACGCGUCCCGAGUCCUCCUCUCUGCGGCACGGCUCUCCAGCACUGCACCGCGCAGGGAGGGGCCGCUUAAUCCCGAGGAGGCAGCGGGAGCGAAAGUGAAACCGCCCGAGGCGGUUUCGGUUUCUCGGGGCUGGCAGUUCCUGCCGGGACAGGUCGCCCGCCCGCCUCUCCUCCAUCCCGAGCUGGGAAGGGACGCCGAGGAGUCAGUCGGCGGGCUGCUGCGCUCCGGGGAGCGGCAGGUGCGCCGCGCGAAGCGGGGAAAGGGCCGCCCACUGGCUGGCCUCCUUCGCUCGCUGCCUGCCCGAGAGGCUGCGAGAAGAGGCGCCGAGCCCCGCGCGCGCCCGGGCUGCGGGUCAAGCACAUGGCCGAGCCGGGAGGGCCCCCCAUGCGGCUGAAGGAGUGGCUCGUGGCGCAGAUCGAGAGCGGCCAGUACCCGGGGCUGCGCUGGGAGAGCAGCGAGAAGAAACUCUUCCGGAUCCCCUGGAAACACGCGGCCAAGCAGGACUACCGGCAGCGCGAAGACGCGGCGCUCUUCAAGGCCUGGGCCAUCUACAAAGGCAAGUACCACGAAGGGCUGGACAAGGCCGACCCCUCCGCCUGGAAGACCCGCCUGCGGUGCGCGCUGAACAAGAGCGCCGACUUCAAGGAGGUGCCCAGCCGGAGCCACCUGGACAUCUCGGAGCCCUACAAAGUCUACGAGAUCGCCUCGGAGCCCGCCCAGGACGCCGACAAAGAAAAUGGCAAGGAGUCUGCCGUGCUGCCAAGCCAGCCCUCCACCUCUGUGCAUCAAGAGACCAUUGGCAACUGUAAACCACAUAAGACCGGAUCAUCCUCCUCGGAGUCGGCCCAGGAAGCCAGCAAGGACGAGGCCAUGGCGGGUGGUCAGGGCCCUCCAGCGCCCCAGAAGCCAGCCCAGGCCGAACACUCGGGCUACCACGUGAAAGGAGUUUUCUAUGGCUGGAGCCCGGCACAGUUCCACUGUCAUCCGUGCCCUUCCUUCAUCAGCCCCAGGCCCCAGUACCACUGCAGUGAAAGUAUCAACUCAGACUGCUGGCUGCGUAUCCGCCUCUACUACUGUGGCGUUCUGGUGAAGGACGUCACGACCCAUACGGCGGAGGGCUGCCGGAUCACCUACCGCCCCAUACCCGCCGAUAAUGAGUGCCUUUAUGGUCCGAGCAUCAUGGAGCAGAUCCAGUUCCCCUCCCUGGAUGCUCUGGCUGGGAACAGCCGGGUGUCCAGAGCCCUUGGUGUCUUGGAACAGCUGCUUCCGCACUUGCACCGUGGGGUGCUUCUUUGGGUGGCCCCUGAAGGGGUCUUCAUGAAGCGCCAGUGUCAAGGCAGGGUGUACUGGAAAGGGCCUCUGGCACCCCACAACAACCAGCCCAACAAACUGGAGAGGGAGAGAACCUACAAGCUGUUGGACACCCAGCAGUUUCUCCAGGAGUUACGGGGCUACCUGACCCGCGGAGAGCCACCCCCGCAGUACCAGAUCCAGCUCUGUUUUGGAGAGGAGUAUCCUGCUGCCCCCAACCAGAAGCUCCAAAAGUUCAUCAUGGCCCAUGUUGAACCGGUGUUUGCCCAGGAGCUCUUCCUCCAUGCCCAGCAGUUGGGGCCACAGUCUCUGCAGGACUCUCAGCCAUGCAGUUCAGAUGCUCCCAGGAAUAUCGUCGAGAUUCUGAAGCAGCUGUGCCCGCCUUGAUCCUGCUCGAGGGGAAGCCGGGGAGGUGCUGGGACAGCAGGCAGCAAAGCUCAACUGGAAGAGGAGGCUCUUGCCCUCUCUGCUGGCCAGAGGAUGCCCCUUCUAGUUUCCAGGCGGGCACCUGCCGUGAUCUCCGCUCCUGGGUGCUCCGACCCAGCACUGCUUUUACUGUGUGUCUGGCUGGCAUCCCCUGAAAGACUUGGGCGAGUGGGUGGUCCUUGUUCAUUCUGGCUUCCACUAGCAGCAGCUGAGGAUUCUGGACUGUACCAUUGCUGCAGGUGGGGAGUCGCCUGACUGGACGCUCUUCCCUAGAAAGCAAAUCUUCUUCCAUGGAGACAACUAGGGAUACGGCUUCUAUCUAUCUGUGCACUACUCUCCCUGGCAUGCUGGUUCCAGGGGCUUUGCUUUUGUUUGGAAGUGUGCUCCUGCAGUGGAACAGCCUAGACACCGCUUUCCUAUGAGCCCAAUUCAGACAUUAUGCUGUACGAGUGCACAGCUGUCUGUACACCCGCACAUGGGUUUGUGUGAACAACCUGCGUUCAUUUUACAAGUGAACUAUCCUUGACUGUGUUAUCUGCACUGCUGUAAUCUUCUUGUAAUAAAAAGGAAAGUGAGGGUGGGGUGGGGAAGUGAACCUGGAUACAGGCCCUUCGAAUGCAUGGGACAGAUAGGAAGUGUACUUCUGUAUCUGCAUUUAGCACAACGUGUGAAUGACUGUACCAUUGUGCGAAUGUUGAACAUAACAUGUGAAUAUACCUGUAGAAUGCUUGGAAACUGAUAUAGCUGCAGUGUAAAACAGUGCCUAGAAUUUGUUUCUCCCCCUCCAUCAUUGUUUAAUGCUAUAAUGCAAACUGAGUUUGAGGGAGAUUGGACGACACAAUCAAAUACCCUUCAGCACAGCAGCAGCAGCUUAUCCAAAGGAACCAGGAGGGCACCAAAUGAGAUGCAGCUGCCUCUGGUUCCUGGCAGCCCAAUUGCACCUGUUUCUCUCAUCCUGUCCCACCUGUGCUGCUUGCAGGCUGGCUAUUCAUCAGGUAGAGCUGUGCAGGUUCAACCUGCACAAUUCUGCCUGAUGAAUGGCCAGCCUGCAGGUAGCGAAACUCUUGUAAAAUGCUGGGUUGGAUGGGAGGAACAGGCGCAGCCAGGCUGCUGGGAGCUGCGUCUCAUUGGGCGUCCCCCCCCCCACGGCUUGUCAGAACAAGCUGCUGCUGCUUCAGCGGUAUUUGUUGUUGUCUCAAAUGGACAGGCAGUUAUGAGGGGAGGGCCUGGAACAGGAGGUAGGCCUCUGUCCUGCUCCUUCAGAAAUGUUUAAAGGCAUCCCCUGAAAAGCAAAACCUGGAGAGGCAGUUAUGGGGAGGGGGAGAGAGACAGAAGUGGCUGUGGUAUCCUGACUAAAUUACUCAGUAGUACUACUCAGGACAGGAGUUAGGCUAAAGGACUACUACAUUUUAAUACGACCUACUCUAGUAAAGAAAGUCAAGAUAUCAGCUGCUGUUUUUACUGGCCCCAGGGCUCCUGUGCCCCUUAACAGUGGACAGAUCAGCAGAGAUUAGCAAAUGGCAGUACUUAACCUUCAUGCUGUGAAAAUCCUUGCAGACUUGUGCAGAUCAGGCUCUUGCUGAAGCCACAAGAGCUGUCUUUCUCGGAUCAGUUGGCAGUCCUCGUGCAGUUCUAUUUUGAGUUUUCUGACAGCUAAGAAAUUGUUUAGUGGCAGGAUUUUUUCCAAAGCCCAUUUCUUCUUUUUACGAAAGACAGACUCGAAAUCUUUUAUGAUCCUAUAUUAUUUAUGUUACCAUUCUUAGCAGCUCAAAUAUAAGCCUCAACCACUCCAACCUCUGAAAUGGCUGGCUAUAUGCUUAGUCAAAUUCCUUAUGGUCACUUAUUCUUUAUAUAAACGCAUCAAUGGGAGGUGCCGUACAAAAACAAUAUGACCCAUUCCCAAAUCUAAGACAACAUGAGCCAAAGUCGCGGGGAGCCGGAGGCAGGAAGACCUAAAAGCAGGCCUGUAACACCCACCCCCAUCCAACACAUGGUCUUAAUAGUGGUCUGGAUAGGGAGUUGGGAGUGGAGGGGUGGAAAGAAGCAGCAAGACCUCGGUCAUGCUUUUGCAGGAACCCUUCGAGGCACAGAAGAUCUCUUGGCUGCCUGAGACACCAGUGCCUUGGGGGCUGGCGAUGAAGCUUCAAUAAAUAUGGGGGGUGGGCAAUGGUUAUGCCCACUGAACAUGCUUCUUGGCAGCCCCACCUCUGGCUUUCAUGGAAAGGGUCAUAAGACUUUGGAAUGCUUUGCCAGUGGGCAUUCGCUCCUCACGAUUUUUAGAAAGCAAGUGAAAUCUUGGCUUUUUACCCAGGCUUUAUAAGAGUGUUGAUUUUGUGGCUGCUGCUCUGCAUUUUAUUGUAUAUGUUUUAAAAAAACUUUUUAUUAGGUUUGUAUUUUAAUAUUCCAAUUUAAUAUUUUUAUUGUAUAAUUGUUUUAUAGAAUUAUAUUGUGUUAAAUGUUUUGUCAA